AUGGUGGCAUUCGCCGCGUGCAUCCUCGAGUUCCCGGUCGCGUACGUCCCGAUGGCCCACGGCGGUGGCGCAUUCCUAGCAGGCACCCCGCUCGACGUCUAUGAAUGCAUACUCGAGAGCGAUGCAUCCUCGAGCGUCAAGGUUCCGGACAAACACGUCAUGCUCAAGUUCUCAUGCCCACAAGGUGUCGCGAAGACGAAGGCCGAGCUGCAUCCAAAGGCAAUGGUCGACAAGCUGCAAACUCUCUUCGAGGCUAGACUGGGAAAAGUGGCCUUCCCGGGACGGGUGGUAGUACGUUGGUCUACGGAGACGUUGGACAGAGUCGCGUUGUAG